CCCGGAACAAAAAAAAGCCCGCCCGGAAACGAGCACGAGGUCGUGGGUCGUGGUCUGGGCCUGAGCCUUAAUUUUUUAGAAAAAACACGACAAGGAACGGCACAACAAAAGCACGCUAAAUUUAGUAAAAUUAGCUUUAAGCACAACGGCCCAGCCCGAUCCGGCACGAAAACCUGUGGGAUUGGAUCGGGCCUGGCCCUGUUUUCGACCUUCUCGGCACAGCCCGGCUCAGCACUAUAGAACGCGGCCCCGACCCGGUUAGCCCCACGCCCCGUGGGCUUAGUCCGAAGCUCGCCCGGUCCACGACCAUCUUUACCACUAAUAGUCACUUGCGUCUAUUACUUUUGACAUGGACUUUCUCGUAAGUUCCUACGUGUGAUUUGGUCAAAUCUAUACUUUAUGGGUUGAUCAUAGAUUACCUCGGGUUUUUGCGAAGAGUAAUACAGUAGGAUCCAUGAAUUUGGGUUGGCUAAAGUUACAACUUGUUAAGUCGGGGUAUAAUGAGUUUGACGUUAGAGAAUAAAAAUUUUGAGCGUUGGUAAAAAUACACUUCGGAUGCAGAUCGAGCCACUUUCAUUAGUGACUAUUGACUAGAGGUCUAGAGAAAAGGUAGGAAAUAGGCAACACUUCUUGUGUCUCUUAAUGUUUGAUCCAUUUGGCUUUUCACGUUCCAGAAUUUACUCACUAACGUACCGAAGAACCCGAAUCAAUAUAAACCUGAACCAAAAUGUAACUCUGCUAAACCAAUUCAACCCGACCCAUUCAGACCGUUUUUAUAUGAACCUGACCCGAUAUUAAUUCGACCUGAUAUAACAUGAAUUUGUUACAACCCGAUAACCCGUUUACUACUCAUCAUGUUCCAACUCAACCCGACUAUAACCCGAACCUGUUACAACCCGACCCGACCCAAUAUGAACUUGUGUCUACUAACCCAAACCUAACCAACCCGAUAUCAAAAUGAACCCGUUACAACCCAAACCCAACCCAAAACCAAUUUAUUUGUCCGAAUUGACUCAAAUAGGAAGUGUUUAAACCGAGGUAGUAUAAAAACAGCUCUAACUUCGUUUAAUCCUAACUUUUGUCUGAUUAAAGUUUAAUUCCACGUAAUCCAAAAUAUAUGUUGUUUAAGCUCAACUCAAACUGAAUUCGUGAACUCCAUUGGCGAUGGAGGAAUCAGACAAGAGGAAAGAAAGACUACGGGCAAUGAGAUUGGAAGCUACAACCGAUGUUUCAUCAUCUUUCAAUCAACAAACCCUAAAUUCAAUUUUGCCGCCUCCUCUUACAAAUCCAUUGCUUGAAAAUGAAGAUUUUAACGUCGCCGCUACAACUGCGCCACCUCGGUUCGAUUUUUACACAGAUCCUAUGGCCGCUUACUCCACUGAUAAGCGACGGUCAUUCACUCCUCGACCUCAUUCUUCACCUUCUGCUUCUUAUGGACCAAGGAACCCCGAAAUGCCUCCCCCUGGUGCUCAUCAAUUCCAAAAUAAUUAUGCACCUCAUCAGGGUGCGUAUCAAGGUGGAGAUCCCUAUCAUAGGCCCGUCAGGCCCGGCCCUAAUUCAAGUCCAAUGGGGAUCAGGAGCCCGUAUCCUCAGCAUCAAGGCCCCGCGUCAAGUCCUAUGGGGAUUAGGAGCCCGUAUCCUGUGCACCAAGGUAGUCCCAACUUGGUUGCUCCACCUGGCACGGGUCAAUGGUUUAACAAUAAUCCUAUUCCCGGUCCUCCUGGAUCGGAAUACGGGGGUGGCCCUUAUCCUCCGUAUCAAGGUAGCCCUAACUUUAGUUCUCCUCCACAAGGAAGGGGUAACUGGCCCCACAAUAGUCCCGGCACUGGCCCGGGGCGUGGAGGCGGUCUUAGUCCCGGCCCUGGCCCGGGACGUGGAGGAAGAGGGAGGGGUCAAUGGGACGGCAGCCGGAUGACGAGCCCUAGUUCCAGUUAUUCCGGUGGAAGAGGAAGGGGAAGAGGCUACGUUUAUGGUCAAGGACAAGCACGGUCUUUCUACAACAAGUCCAUGGUCGAGGAUCCUUGGGAAUCCUUGACCCCGGUUAUUUGGCAGGGUGAGAAAGAGAACGAUGUCAAGAGUUUUGGAAAUAACCGGUAUUUUCAGAAAACGCCUGGUUUUCAAAAAACUCCGAUUGCCAAAAAAGCCCGGGUUUCAAAUCCUUUUGACGCGUCUAAUUCAAAGAAAGGUAGCAGCCUUGCUGAGUACUUAGCUGAGUCUUUUGAUGAAGCUGUUGAAGAAGCAGCCACUAUACUGUAAUGCUUUAACAAUUGCUGGUUAAUGUGAUGAUAAUUUGGUAGUUUAAUUGUUAUAUUUGAUAAACAAAUACUCCCUCCUUUUCAUAAUAUGAAGUACCAGUUUUUUGAAGUUCAAAA